CUUGUCAUAGAAGUAGGCAAUGGGUUACAGGGUCCUGAGAAGGGUGCAUAUAAACAUUUGAGUGCCUAGCAAAGUAACAUCUCAGGAAUAUGUAACUGCACACAUGACUUCGAUCAACUGACUGGUUAUGUUGGGUUAUUCAACUUUUGGUUUUCCGAGCUAAUAAGGUUUAUGAACGGAAAGAUUCCCUUGAAAUUAAGUGAAUGAAUGUUUAAAGACUCAGAGAACAUAAUUUUGUUUCGACAAGAAGGACACUACGCUUUAAAAAAAAGUAAGUAUUUAUGUAAUAUCUAUAUAGCCAGUAGUGCAACAUAGAUAUUCACUUCAAUCUCAAUAACAAACGCUAUCACAAAAAAAUAUUCUUUUGAUAAAACAAGAACAACAAGUAGGAAACAAGUCUGGAUAGAAGAAACCAAUUGACCGUAUGGCAGCAAUAUUAUUAUUAUUACUAUUAUUCGUCCUUCACAUGCGCAUAUGACCAGGGCAUAGACUUGAGUUGUAGCCUUGACUUGAUCUGCACUUUGUUUCAAGUAAGGGUGAGUUUAUCCGCCUCAAUCUCUCGACAUUGUCCAGUUCUUCUAAAGGCAAGACUUAGUCAAGACGACUGGAAGUAGACCAUUGAUGUAGCAGAUGACCAGAAGUUUUAAUUUUUGUUUGUGUUAUUAUGUGCUCUCUAUGCAUUCCACGUCAAAGGAGUUGCCGGAAUUUUUACUGUGUUGUGUUGAUCCGCCUACAGGACUCCCUUUCCCGGUUUGAAUUCAGAAUUUUUAUAUUCUUAGAUUAGUUGGUAUCUAAAGUCACCGAGACCCACCCCCCAGACGAAAGUAUGCUACAAACAGACUCCCUGAUAACUUUUGAAUUGUCGCACCUCUUACCCUAUACUGUAAACAGUGAGUAAAACAGAUUCAUGGUUGUUUUAAAAACAUUACAAAACCUAGAAGUCUACAAUAUUAUUUAUUUCUAGAAAAUUGUAUCUUUUUUUUUUUUUUACAAAGGACUAAAUUUAUAUAAAUAAUUAAGAUCAUCCAUGUUAGAUAAGUGCUAACAAUUUCUUGAGGGGAACUUGUUGAAAUCAAUGACUUUUAAGAUUUACUUAAAUCUCUUUCAAUUAAAAUUAUUUCAAAACUCAAAAUGUCUACACUUCUGCGUUUUAUUGAACGGACUGAUUUAUUAAACUUUGAAAGAUUUCGCCAUUUAUUAUUUAUAUUACCACAAAGAUUAGUAAAAGAAAGGUUUAUUAUAUCUACAUAAAAUUUUACAUUCAAAUAAAUUAUAGAACUCUAAUCAUUUCAGAGCCAAAAAUCAGAAGAGCUAUGAUUGCCAUCCAUAGAAAAGAAACUAAGGUAAAAGUAUAUAAAUAAUGCAUACCAUUGAUGUAACUGAUGUUUCUUAAAACCAUCUUUGUCACCUUAUAUUGAAUUAGGCAUCUCCUGUCUUUCUUUAUUUUCAGGAAAAGAAUUAAUUAAUUAGUUUGACGAAAUAAAUAACGGAUUAAAGAUAAUGUACUUCGGUUGAUAAUAAGCAAAGUCUUACUGUGUCCGCGUUAAAUGUUAAGGAGCAGAAUAAAUGAGAGCCUAAAUAAAGAAAACAGACUAUGAGAUGAACGUUUCGACUAAAUGCCUACCUCUGCUAACAUAUUUUUUUUUAAAUCGACAAUAUGAAUUUAGCUGGCAUUUGCGAAAGAGACUUGAGAGAGAAAAAAAAAUUAAUUCAACACUGGAACUUUAUCAAGGUAGAGGGUAAUACAGUCUACCAUUUUUUGGGUAACAAGGUUAAUAUAGCAAUCAACGUUUAAAAUUGAUUAAAAAAAUUAAAAUAGAAUUUGAAAGAAAUAAUAGAUUUUUCCUCAAUUUGAUUGGUUUCUUAGCGAAGUGAUUUUUUUACAGUGCAAUUAGUUAAAAACAAAUACUCAAUAUUUACCAGAUCUUGGAGUCCAAACACUUGAAACGCGUUGUGUUAGCCAGCAUUAUAACACACAGAUGUUUAACAAAAGUUCUGGUAAAAUUAAUCUAAAACCUAGUUUUAAUAAUCUAUUGAAAAACCCAGACAACUGUUUGUUUGGGGGGACCAACCUUCCGCUGAGCGUGAUUCACUGAUUACUAAUACAGUUGUUCAUAUUCCAAAAGGUGGUUUGACGUCUUGGGUGCACACUAGCUCAAAACACCGGCAUCUUACCCACUAAGGUGUCAUCAUGAUCAAGGAUCGUCGGGACGAACGUGUGAACGGGUCCAUGGAUGGUGCAGACUGCUGGUCAGACCAUCACCUUAUCAACACCAAGCUCAAUAGUCACUCCAAAAGAACGUCAAGGCGAAGAAGACCCUAGAGGGACUGAACAGCAGAAAGUUGAAUUGCCCCACAAUCAAGAAAUCGUUCGUGGGUGCUCUGGGGGAGUGUGUGGAAUUCAUAUUUCUGGACAUUCAUAAUGUUAAAAACCACUUAGGAUCAUUCCGAUCAUGACUGCAAAACACCACGAUAAGGAUUCUGUGACCAAACACCAACAAAUAUCAAGACGAAUGUAAUGAAAAAAAUUUAUUGUUAUCAAUUCCGUGAUGGUAUGCAGGCUGGGCUUUGUUGAAAUGAAGAUAUGUCUAAACCUUAGCAUGUGGCUAAUGGCUCACUUCAGUCGCUAUUACACUUCUCGCUAAGACAACAGGGCUCCUGUCGAGUAUGGGUAAUCACUAAUAAUUGUUGUGCCCCGAAUAUAUGGUGCUCUAUUGUACACGUUGUGCGUGUGUGUUAGUUUAGUUAAUGAGUACUUUUCCCGCUUUUGGGUUUGUGACGUGUGGCGACGUAUUUUUACCGUAGACGGAAUGUGUCUAUAGUCUGUCUUUUGGUACACUUCAUAUUCGUUCGGCAGUUCAUUAGAGAACGUUGUGGAUGAAGGUCGUACUAUAUCAUUGUAAUUAUAGUGUUUAUUUUCAUUUAUAUUGUUUUUGCUGUAGUUUUUUUUUUACUGAAGAAGGCUUCUUGCCGAUACGUUCAUUGUUUCGUCGUGUCCUUUUUUUCAGGUUUCCCCGUAUAUGUUUCCGCUCAUUUACUUUUACCUAAUUUGAUUGCAGUCUCUCCCCCUUAUACUUAUAGCGAGCAGCGUAAUACAUGUGUAUUGAUUCAGUGAACAGGCUGAUAUAUAUAUGUUUCUGGAUUAAAGUUGAGAUGGAUUGUGUUCAUUUCGGUUUGAUUACUACGUAGGAACUUGUAAAAUAAUUUGAUGAAAUAAACCAAUCAUAUAUGGAUUGUGAGAGCUUCUUAUCACCCUAUCUAUAGUGGAAGAAAUACCACAGGGUUCCCGUAACAAGAAAAUCCAACCAAUUCAGAGGUGUAUCAUUGACAUAUCGAUAAUUUUGUUCAACCUUUAAAGAUGAAGGGUAUUUUUUCAUAUCUGACUUUUAGUGAAUGAUACUUCGGUUUUUACUAAUCUUUUGUUUGUUUUUAUUUACAGAUAAAAAAGCCAUUCAUAUGUCCUAAGGCUGAUCAAGCAAAAUGCAAAUUUUGUAAAUACCACGUUGAGAAGAUGCUAAGCAAAAGAUAUAAAAAACAAUAUUACGGGAGCACAGUCUGCGAGAUAAAAAAUGCAGUGUUUUUGUUGUAUUGUAUUAACUGUGAUGAAGUGAUGCUCAGUGUUUCCGACAUGGACUUUAAAUCGCUGGUUUGUAUCAAUUUUGGAUUUCAUGGGGUAAAAAACUGUAAAUCGGAAGAAAAGUGUCACAAUAAAAAAUAUCUAAGAUGUAUGAUGAUUGAUCAUGUUGAUAGUGACAUAUCAGACUGGGUAGAAGAUUUACAGAUAAAACAGUAUGAGAUAGUAGUAAGAUAUAGCUUUGAAGAAAGGCUGUUAUAUGAAGAAUACCAUUACAUGGACGAUUCUGAAGUUGAGGCACUUUGUCCAGAAGUUCGUUCGUUUCCUUAUGAUACCAGAAAUGUUGUAUAUUUGAUUCAUUGUUAUAAUUGUGACAUAAAAUACGUGGGUAAAACAAAAAAGACGUUUAUUGGGAGAUAUCCAUGUUUUUACACUGACAAGGGUUACCAAGGUAUGACAUUUCACGAACAUACUGAGGCCGUGGGCUCUGUGUGUACGUUUAGGGAUCUGAGAUGGACAGUGAUUGAUGCGCUUAGUGACCAGCAGAAACGUUUUGCAGGCAAGUGGAACGCUGUAUUUAACACUUGUAAUGUUAGUAUAAGGAAUAAAAUAUGGAAAGUAAUGACUACACAAUGUCUAGCUUCGUUGAAAGACGAAUUGAUGGAAAACGUAUGGCAUGAUUGUUCAGUAGACGAAGUAACAGAUUUGCUAAAUGAUAUACAAAUAACUCGAAAUUUCAAUGAGCAGUAUCUGGACUGUGAAAACAAGAAAUUGUUUCCCACUACAGAACGUUUAUUCCUUGAAAAAAGGGAAGAAUACUGGAUGAACGCGUUAAGAACCACUUACAAACUUCUUAAUAAGAUAGCUGCUUCACAAUCAAUAGUCCAGCCCGCCAGUUUCUUGGGUAAUUUUUUUAAGACACUGGGAAACUAUGACGACAAUGAAAAUUGAGUGCCGUCUUAAAGAAUGAGCCCACUGGGCAUUGGCAUAGGGCCUCACGCUUGUAGGGGGCCUAACGCAUUUAGGAGACUCACUCGUUUAGGGGCAUCUUGUUUUACAUAUUGCUAAUGCAUAUUGAAAUAUUUUGGCCAUUUAACCCACGAUAUCAUUGGCAUUCCAAAAUAAUAUUAUAAAUGCGAAUCAAAAUUUGGAUACUUCUUUAAGGGGUAUAACUCUCCUCCACAAGUUUUACUUUGCCGAGAUACUAAUCGAAAAAAAAUUUAAGUAAGACUUACAGUGUCGUCUUAAGGAAUGGGCACACUGUGCACUUGUCCAGGGUGUCACGCCUCUAGAUGACGUUCUGCUCGAGGGGGGCCCUCAUGCCACUGUGGGGCCUCAAGUCACCAUGCAGCCCCAUGCCUCUAGGGAACCUCACGCAUCUUUGGCGCCUCACAAUUCUGGGGGCAUUAUGUUGCCAUUAUUAUUAAUGAAUAUUUCGGACGAUUUAUUUUGCUUUCAAAGCCAAAGCGGAAAAACCGUUUCUCCAGUUUAUUUAAUUUUUUUUCGAUUCUCACAUCAUUUAGAAUUUUUGUUACUACUUGAUGAGAGAACGUUUGCGCCAAAAUGCAUAGCAUCAUUUUGAAUUUAUCAAAACUCUACUUGGAAGGGGGCUUAUUGAGACCUCUCUCCAAACAUCAACCCCAAUUUCGUUAGGCGCCCUGACACUCUUCUGCCUCCCCAUUUAAAAUGACAGCACCGACCGACACAUUUUAAGCUAUUAAAAAAAGUGUUGGAUGUAAGUAAAUACCCCCAAAAAAUAAGUUUAAACGGAUAAAAGUAUGAUCUUCCUUUAGUUUGGUAUAAGUAGUUGGACUAACUACAAGGAUUCUAGGGACGAAAGUAAGCUGGAGCUAAAAGCCCACCCUCACGCGGAUUCACAACCAAAUUGAAAUUUAUGGUUAUAUAUGUUAGUGGCGACGAUGUCACAGCUGGCGCUUGCCAUCAAAAUUCCUAAUUUCAGUGCUAAUAGAUGCCCUGCCCACCCCCCACCCAACCUCUUCCGAAAACCUGAAAGACUACUCAAACUCCCCCGCGGAAAAAGUACCUGAAAGAAACUGGUCAAAUUGCACAGGCCAACCUGGGCUUUAAUGCCAUUUAAACCAUGACUUGAAUAGUGGUAUACAGUGGCGUUUACACAAAGAAGGCGAGGCCCAGGACGCACUGGUAAGGUGAGUUUUUGCAUCCCUUUCUUUGUGGAAUACAUGGGAUUGUAUCGUUAAACUCACUAUUAAGGGUCUAUCUUAAGACGGUUUUGCCGCGCCCCUGAUUGAUUGGUACUUUCGCCACUCCUUCGCACGGCAUUGCGCACAGAGAGAGAGAGUCAGGGGCCUCAGUGCAUGACUGGUGUCAGGGGCCUCAGUGCAUGACUGGUGUCAGGGGCCUCAGUGCAUGACUGGUGUCAGGGGCCUCAGUGCAUGACUGGUGUCAGGGGCCUCAGUGCAUGACUGGUGUCAGGGGCCUCAGUGCAUGACUGGUGUCAGGGGCCUCAGUGCAUUACUGGUGUCAGGGGCCUCAGUGCAUGACUGGUGUCAGGGGCCUCAGUGCAUGACUGGUGUCAGGGGCCUCAGUGCAUGACUGGUGUCAGGGGCCUCAGUGCAUGACUGUGCCAAGGCCUCCGCUGCUGUAAAGACGGUCCUGUGGAAAUUUAGUCAAUAGAUAAAAGGGCGUCCAUUUAUUUAUGUUAUGCCUUGAAGUUCGUUUUAGAGUACACCUCUAUGACAUAAAUCAACAAACCCUUUGUCCGGUUUCCAAACAUUUAAAUAGUACUAACCAUGAUGUAAUUUUAGAUGAUGCUGUUACUGGUAAAUUGUAUACAAGUAAUACACCGGGUAGAAUUUAUAUGGAGAAAAAAAAAUUAAUAGCAAUAUUUGGUACGUUGACUCCAUACGGCAGAAACCAAAUCCACAAUUUUAUGUAGCUGCCAUAUGUUUUUUCUGUUUGAUUUUUUUACAUUUUAAUUCAAAUUAAAUCACUUCACUUCCGUCUUCUUUACUUUCUCUUUGUCUGAGUUAUGCGCCCACUCUUUUUCUUUUCUAUUUAUAGGUAGGAUACAUUUAUAUGUUAUGUCAAUUUAAUUUUUACUAAUUUAAAUGUUACUUCUUUGUUUUUUUUCUCUUUUUUUUUUACCGAGGAAGGCA